AUGACCGAAGACGCCGGACGCCUUCGCGUCGCAUCCGCGCUAGAGGCCACCGGCGCCUACGACGGCCCGGUCGACCUCGACCUCGGCAACCUCGCCGCGUCCGAUCCCGCGCCCGUCGACCCGGACGUGUUCGGUCGUGCGCCGAGCGAUUCCGCCACCGCCGCCGCGAUCUCCCGGGGGCGCGACGUGCUGCAGAGGCUCGUCGCGGACCUCUUCACGCUGCCGUCGGAGGCGGACGUCAACGGCCGGUACGUGGAGCUGCCGGCGGGUGCGACCCAAUUCCCGCGCACCAAGCCGCUUCCUCCCACGGAGAAGCCCAUGACCAAGUGGGAGAAGUUCGCGAAAGAGAAGGGCAUCAAGAAGCGGAAGCGCUCCAAGCUCGUGUACGACGAGCAGACGGACGAGUGGAAGCGCCGGCACGGCUACGACCGCGUCAAGGACGCCGAUCGCAUCAUCAUCGCCGACGCGAAGAUGUCCGACGUUCCGGGCAAGACGGAGGAUCCCUUCACCAGGGAGGAGCGAGAGCGGCGGGAGCGCGUGGAGAAGAACCAGGGCAAGCAGCUCAAGAAUCUGCAAAACGCGGUUGCCACGCACGGGAAGCACGUCCUCCCGCCCACGCUCCAGAUGUCCGCGGCGCCGAAGAAGGGCGUCAAGGCGCUGCCCCUGAACGGCAUGAAGAAGCAGCAGAUCAGAGACCUCACCGCGCAGGUGGCAAAGUCCACGGCGUCGAUGGCCAAGUACAACGCUCCAAUCCCCGGAGACGAGAAGAUCAAGACACGCGGGCGGCGGCGACAGUUUGACUCUGUGACGGACACGGGCACGGAACGAGAACGCGCGCAGGGGUUCAUCGACAAACUGGUGAGACGGGAGAAGGACUUCACGGUGGACGUGAACGUGGCGGCGAGGAAGAUUCAGAGGGCGAAAGAGGCGGAGAACAGGAGCGCGAAGAAGGCCAAGCUGUUGGAGAAGGACUCCGGGGCGGGGGGCAAGGGGGGAAAGCACGGGAAAUCGGCGGCUGGGCUCAAGGUGAAGGGCAUGAAGGGCAAGAAGGGCAAGAAGUAG